AUGUUGCAAAGAAUAGCAGCACCUCUGCACCAUCGAGCACAGGAACCAGAAAUUGAUAAAAACUAUGAGAGAGUUAGGAAACAAGGGGCAAAGACAUUUGGAGGUACUACAGAUCAUGCAAAAGCUGAAGAAUGGUUGAGAAAUACAGAGAGAGUUUUAGACAUAAUUGAAUGCGCUCCUCAACAUAAGCUAAAAUAUGCAAUGUCAUUAUUUGAGAAGGAUGCUUUGGAUUGGUGGGAAACAAAUCCAGGAAGCGGAAAUAGGCCAUUGACUUUAACUAAGGAUGAUUUCCUUAGAGAAUUUGGUGAGAAGUACAUGCCACCAGUAUAUCGUGAUAAAAAGAAAAUUGAAUUCAUGGAACUGAAGCAGAAUGAGUUAUCAGUGGCUGAAUAUGAACUUCAAUUUGUCAAAUUAUCAAAGUAUGCACCUGAAGAGAUAACUACUAAGGAAAGGAAAAGAAGUAAAUUUGAAAUGGAUUUGAACCUUGAUAUUCGAGAGAAAAUUACUGUUAAGACUCCUACUUAUAGUGCAUUGAGGGCUAAAGAAAUACCAGUUGAAAGGAGAUCAAGUUCAAGUACUAGUGGGUAUAGAGGAAAGGGAAGAGGUCAGUCGAGUAGGCCAGCCUCAAUGUCAUCUGGCAGAGGUGGAUAUACAUCUACUGGGUUUGAUAAUAGACAACGACCAACAAGGGUAGUGUUGGGGAAGAAACCCUAUUGUGUGCGUAAACCUGGCCAUAUUGUUAGAGAUUGUCCACUCAGGAGAGGUUUACUUGAAGAUUCUCAUGCCAUGGGUCAGAGUAGUGUGGGUGAAAAUAUACACAAAGUGGGUGUUGGCCGUGGAAGAGGGAGAGGUAAUAGAGGAGGAGGAGGAACAUUUUCAGCUAUACAGUCUGGAUAUACAGGCAAACCUCAUACCCGAGCAAGAGUAUUUGCAGUGACGAGGCAAGAUGCACCUACUGCACCUGAUGUGAUUACUGGUAUAUUUUCUAUCUGUAACUAUGACGCACAUAUGUUAAUUGAUCCUGGAUCUACAUGUUCAUUCAUAUCACAUGAGUUUGUAUUAUGUGUGCAUGGCAUAUUAGAACCAUUGGGACAUGAUAUGUAUGUUUCUAUGCAUGCUGGGGGUGUUAUUAUUGUAAAUAUUAUGAUAAAAUCUUGUCAUAUGAUUGUGGAUGGUAUGACCUUACAAGCUGAUUUGGUGGUUGUUCAUUUGAGAGAGUUUGAUGUUAUAUUGGGUAUGGAUUGGUUGGCAAAACAUCAUGCAUUUUUGAUUGUCAAACUAAAGAAGUAG